AUGUCCGUCCGCAAUCCUGAGGAUGUUGAAAUUGAGGGUCGCGUGGUCGGCAAUGGCCUAUGGGUUACAGAGAGCAUAAGGAUCCCCGCUAUGGAAGCCGCGAACACGAAACGACUUUAUAGUUAUCUCCGUACUCACAUUGGACUUCGAAUGAUCGACGGCCGGUUUUUCGAGACCGGCCGAUGUCGACAGGAUUCCCACUUCGAGCCAACUCUCGUUCUUCAAGAGACGGCAGCAGGCACGAGACAUGGCAACAGGCACAAAAGUUUCCAUGUCGCGACGCGCAAUGAUGACCAAGAGAUUGUCCGCUGGUUCGACAGAAAUGUGUUGAAGAGUAACGCAACCAAGCUGAGGGUCGAGGUUCACGUUGGGUGGGAAGACCAGGUCGGUCUGCUGCUGCCUCGUUCGCUAGAUAUGGAUCCUCAAGAUGCGUGGAAAGACUAUUACGACAGACUGUGGAGAGCCGGUCGUGGCAAGGAUGACCUAAGCCGUGACAGGUUUGGGCGGCAGGUGACCAGGCGGACAGAUGACGGGAAAAGUUUCUACCUCUACGAUUUGGUGUCUGCUGAGACUACUCUACAGUACAUCCCGCAGCCAGCGGCAGUCAAAUUCGUACCAAGUUGUGAGACAUGCCAAUUUUCUAGAGCUGCCACUACUUGGGGUGCUCCGAGAGCUCGCGCUGGUGGACAUGCUCCUGGUGCUCCCACAGGUCUACGUGCUCCCGGUGCUCCCAAUGGUCAGGAUGCUCCCGUCGGCCUCGCGUUCCGUCCUACCGAGCAUCGAGCAUGA